AUCGGCGAAGCGACUUGGUGCGCAAAUCAAACGCUAGCGAGUUCAUCUUUUUCGUCAUUUCCGCCUCCCUUCUCUUCGUUUUCGCGGUCCCUGCUGCUCAAGGACCAGCUUGGUACUGCUUCCGCUGCCGCAGCACCCUCUUCAGAACUGAAAUUCACUCCUUUUUCCGGAACACAAUGACAGUCAAACCAGAAGACAUCGAAACCCGCCUCUUCAUCAACGGCAAAUUUGUCGAGGCAACCAGCGGCAACUUCUUCGACGAUGUAAAUCCAGCAACGGAAGAACUCAUCUGCAAAGUGCAGGAAGCCAGCGAAGCAGAUGUGGACAUGGCGGUCGAGGCGGCGAGGAAGGCCUUCCCCGUCUGGUCGCUCUCCACGAGUGCUUCCCAUCGUGCACAUCUUCUUCACAGACUCGCGUCGCUUGUUGAAAAGCAUGCAGAUGAGUUGGCUUUGAUUGAAUCUCUGGAUUCUGGAAAACCAAUCACCAGCAUUCACGAAAUCGAUAUCGCCGGCGUCAUUCGCAUUCUUCACUACUACGCCGGCUGGGCUGACAAGAUCGUGGGCAAAACAAUCCCAGUUGACAAUCCAGACGAAGUCUUCUGCUACACCCGAAAGGAGCCUGUCGGAGUGGUUGCAGGAAUCGUGCCGUGGAACUACCCUCUGUACCUCUUGGUCCUGAAAGUUGCUCCGGCGCUGACCUGCGGAUGCACGGUCGUGAUGAAGACUAGCGAGAAGACGCCUCUCUCUGCCUUGAAGCUGGCGCACUUGAUUCAGGAAGCUGGUUUUCCGCCGGGUGCGGUGAACAUUCUGAGUGGCUUGGGUCCCAGUGUGGGCGCAGCGCUUGCGUCUCAUCCGCAUGUAGACAAAAUCUCUUUUACUGGAAGCACAGCAACGGGUCUGAAGAUCGCCGAAACGGGUGUCGUUCGCUUGAAGCGAGUAACACUCGAACUGGGAGGCAAGAGCGCCCUCAUUGUGUGCGCCGAUGCAGACUUGGACCGCGCAGCCAUGACCGCUUUCUACGGCCUCUUCCCCAACUCGGGUCAGUGCUGCGUAGCGAGCAGUCGCGUCUUUGUGCAGGAGUCUGUCCACGACGCCUUCCUGGAGCACCUGAAGAACUUCGUUGAAACCCAUCUGCAUCUGUUGUGUCCGCAAGACAAGGCUUGCACACAAGGACCUCUCGUUGACAAGAUCCAGUUUGACCGAGUCAUGAGAUACAUCAAGCAAGGCAUUGCUGAGGGUGCAACGGUUGCCUUGGGAGGUAGAGCGAAAGAAGGAAAAGGCUACUGGGUGAUGCCGACGAUCUUCACCGACGUGUCAGACGACAUGACCAUUGCAAAAGAAGAGAUUUUUGGACCUGUGAUUUGUCUGCUCAAGUUCAAGACCGCAGAUGAAGCUGUCGAGCGAGCAAACGAGUCGCACUACGGUCUGGGCGCCGGAAUCUGCACAAAAGAUAUCGGAAUGGCUUACCACUGCGCGAACAGACUGAAGGCCGGCAACGUAUUCAUCAAUUGCUACAAUACGACGGACAUUGCGGCGCCAUUUGGGGGCUUCAAACAGAGUGGCUAUGGCAGGGAAGGAGGCGAAGAAGGCUUGCUCCCCUACCUCGAAAUCAAGGCAGUGUACUCGAAGGUCGACCAUCCCAAAAUGGUGCUGCCAGGACAGACGCACUGAUUGCCUCUUUCUUGCAAGCUUUGCGACAAGCCAAGGGGAGAAGAGGGGAAAGAGAACCGCAGACGUCGUGUGGAAGCUUCUUGCUGGAAAGGGAGGCGCUCCAGUGUUCUCGAAAUCCCCUCUGACCCAGCGAACCCGCAGACGACUGUCUGAAAGCGCUGCAUGCGGCGGAGACGCAGUGUUGCCUCCUCACCUUAUGAGACCUUUUUCGCAUACGAGGGAAAACAGGAGAACGGUGAAACUAAAGCGCAUGCAGCUGCCGAGCUUCUCACUUCAACGACAAGUCCAGAGAGGUCGUCUGAAGUCGGUUUUUGAAAUAAAACAAGACGACGCGAGACCAUGAGAGGGAACCGGAGUGGCAGGCCGCGCACGAGGGAAGGAAAACAUAGGGGGGAAGAGACAGAAGAGAACUGAGGUAUAAAAAAACUGUGGGGCAGUGCAUCAGAGAGGAAAAAGAUGUGGAUGGUAGUUUGGUUUGCGACACAUAUUUUUUGUGAAUCUGCAGUGUGCAACGAAGCCGAGGGUCGACAGAUCUCGAGCGCGUAAACAUUUCGUGCAUGCAUGUGGAACCUUUUUUUUGCUGUAUGCCUGAA